UGACCUAUUUUUUUUCUGUGUCUCUCGUCAUGGUCUUGUACUUUCAAAGCAAUGUGGCCGAUCCGCCAGUGACCAUUUACAUGGGAAAAGACAAAUUCGAAAAUGAAGACUUGAUUAAAUAUGGAUUUCCAGAAGAUGUGUGGUUUCACGUUGACAAGCUGUCGAGUGCGCACGUCUACGUCCGUUUACAGCCAGGACAAACAUGGCUCGAUAUUCCGCCGGCGGUGAUCGAAGACUGUGCUCAACUGGUCAAAGCCAACAGUAUUGAAGGCAACAAAAGAAACAACAUUACCGUGAUUUAUACGCCUUGGGACAACUUGAAAAAGACGCCCGGCAUGGAAACAGGUCAAGUGACCUUUCAUAAUCAGAAAAAGGUGAAACGUGUGUACGUUGAGAAGCGGGAAAAUGCUAUUGUGAAUCGUCUGAACAAGACCAAGCAAGAAAAAUAUCCCGAUCUGAUGCAAGAAAAGGUGCAAAGAGACAAGAUUGACCGGAAAGCGGCUCGUACCGACGAGUUUGCAGAGAAAGAAGAGGCUCGUAAAUUGGCGGCUGCCAAACACAAAGCGGAAAAAGAGAUUCAGGAAUUAUUCGACAAGAGCAACAUGCGUAGCAACAAGCGAGAUACGGACGUUGAAGAUAUCAAUGCUGCCGAAGAAGAUUUCAUGUAAUAAUGGAGUCUUUUUUUUUUUAUCGCAACAGAAACAUAAUGAAGAAAAAAAAAAAAA